CGCGCUGCGGCAACGGCGGCGGCACGAUUUUUCGGGACGCGCGUCGCGGCGACCACGCUCGGGACAUCGCCGAGAACGAUCUCUGGCAACCACAUGUGGAUCUGGAGCGAGCGAACGCUUCUGUCAGGAAAACAUAACUCGUCGCGCGCGGAGCCGGUGUCGUUUUCCACUCGAGUCACGUCGACGACAUCGCACCAUUAUUCCAUUUGCGCGAUGUAACUGUGUAAUUGCCAUUGCUCGCUCGCGCUUUAAUCUCGCAUUGACGCCAACCGCAUUGACACGACAUGAGACGCUCCUGUUUGUAUCGCAUGAGUGUCAUGUGCUUUGCCAGUAACGCGUUUCUCGCAAGAUUCAACGCGUGUGUCAAUUUGGCGAUUUUUCGUGACGAAGCACGAAGCGAUUUCGCGUGUAACGAGGCGGUGUGGCCUGAAGUAGGCUGAGGUAGUGUUGCCUGCAAAGAUAGAGAUGGCACAGGGUACGUGCAGGCAAUGGCUGAUAGACGGAUGGACCUGUCGUCGAAUCAAUUAGACAACGAAUGGUGGUCGCUGGCAGGUCAGAAAGAAAGGUACGACAGCAGCAGGCAGGAAGGAGUAAAUGAGCGAGCGCACCUAAGUAAUGAGCGAGACUCGGCAUCAUAUUCGCUCGGUCUCGGACUUAUACGCAGCCGACGAAAUAGAGGUGCUUUUGGAAGAGAUACGCGAUCUGGAAUCACCACCUGCUAUAUAUUCUAGACCGGAAGACAUUCAGGACUUCGAAAUUGCAGGAAGUAGGACAGGGGAGCGAACCAGCUCCCAAUUGGAGCUGGAUUCGCCAGGGGUCCAUUCAACAGUCCACUCUUGGGAUUCGCACGCUAAUUAUCAUGGCCACUAUGAUAAUAGCGACCAGAAAGGCUCUGGAUCCAAUGUUCUGCCUUGGUCCCGGGCGAGUCACAUUGUUAUUUAUUGCGACAUACAGGGACAUCUUAAAACACCUACGGGUGUUGUUAGACUCCUAUUACUCGUAUCCUCCGCAGCUUGUUUGGCAACUUUAUGCAGUUCUGGCACUGCCAAGGUCAGCCUUUUUAUGCUGCCUUUAGUAGGACGUUUACGAUUCAUGAUCUUUGUAGCUGUUUUCUGUCUCUUGAUCACUGCAUUACUUCUCUUCCUUGAUAUUUCGCACGUCAUUUACAUCCUUCCUUUAAAUUGGGCUAAGUUGAAUGCUUGGGUAUUCACUGGCAUAGGCUUGUCAUAUGUGUUGAGUAGCGCAUUAGUAGCAUACGCAAUAUGGGAAUACCACGUCGGAGGCUGGGUACCAAAACGCACACGUUCCCAACUGUCCGCCGCGGCGGUGCUAGGACUCUCAUGUGCCGUAUUAGCGUUUGUUCUUUCCUGUAUACACGCUCGCAGCGGGUCGGGCUGUAAGGGUCAGGAUUCCCGCAGUCACACACCGACGCAACUUUACAAGCCCGUGGACAAUUCUUCCUCCUCCGGGGUCACACUGAAAGAACGUAGUCCCAAGAGGCCCACUGGCUGGGCCGUGAAAAAUCAACAGUCAAAGAAACGCAAUGUGGACAGCGAGACUAACACGAGCAACGGCGGUCACCGUGGCAGCAACCACGAGAAGUUUAAGCAAGGCGCCAGAAAAGACCAUUGGGCUUCGGCCAAGCAGCACAUUUUAGAAACGCAGACGAAUAACGGGGAAGACGCCCAACAGGAAGAGCUCGAGAUCGAGAGGAGACGGAGGAGACGGAGGAGGGACGGUGAUAGUAGUUCCGGCGACGGAAACGCGUUGGUCAGCAGCAAGAUCGAAGUCGCCAGCCGUGUCACCGAGGAGGCCAAAACUAGGCGGGUACCGCGGAAAUUGCCUCUGCAGUCGGUGGAGCAGCCUCACACGUGGUCCUCCGACGCUCAGCGUAGAAAUAGUGGCACUACGCAAAUUAGAAGUAAAACUAUGCAAAUGCCAGUGAACAAUGACGCACAGAAUUGUUGUGGCAUGAACGAGGGUAGAUCAAUUCAAGUGACUCGAAACGGCCUCCAUUGGGAGGCGGAACGUACGUCUAGCAGCGGCAUAGAGGAGGCUACUGAUACGAACGUGGUUCGUAACGCCAUGUGGUCCGGACAGUGGCACCCACCACCAGAUGAUGUUCAACCUUGCUCUAGCAAAACUAUCGAUCCUUACAGCUUCGCCUGAUCGUCUUGUGAGAUACGAAAAAAAAACAAACACGCGUUAGGCUAAAAAUGAACUUGUUCGAGCCAAGCAAUUUUUGUGAACAGUUGUGACAGAUAAAAAUGGAAUUUUUUACAAAGCAAGUAUUUUCGCAUGUGUAUAUAUAUAUAUACAUAUAUACAUAUAUAUAUAUAUAUAUAUGUAUGUAUAUAUAUAUAUGUAUAUAUAUAUACAUAUACAUAUAUACAUACCUUACGUUGAAACGUUUCUGCUUUUUAUUAGACUGCAACCGUAGUUCAAGUGUUACUUGUUAUAUAAUUGAAAUCAUACCUCUAUAUAUUGUUUGCAUACAAACUUGCCUGACUUUUCGACACGAUAUUUUGUAUCUUGUAUUAAAAUAAUGCACGGUGACUGUAAAAGAAUGGGAGAGGAAGAGAGAGAAAGAAUCAUACUUUGAUUUUCACACAUUUUAUCUGUGUUUCCAGCUGUGCAUGAAACUGGAUGUGAUUUGAAAUAUAAAACGUAAGACAUGUAGAUUGUACACACAGUUGAGGUAACUGACAAAAAGAGAGAGAGAGAGAAAGACCAUAGCCCAGGUUAUUGCGGGGUUUAUCAAGUUUAUCGUUAUCGAAUUUGCAGGACGAGCUCGUCGUGUCUAAAAAAAGGUUUAAGAUCCUGUAUAAAAAAGUUAUUGCUGCCUUGUACAUUUUGCUGCCAAGAGGAUACAUAGAUUUUCUUUAGUUGAUUCGGGUCCUGACGUUUUGCAUCACACAAAACCAGACUGCCCAACUUUGAUAAGCAACUAAUGCCAUUCUUCAUUCCAAUCAUGUACCAAAUAAUAAAUUUAAGUAAGUUUUAAUGGGAGUUUGUAAGUAUAAGACCACUAUAUAGCACGUAACACCGAUAUAUAUACAUAUAUAUAUAUAUAUAUAUAUAUAUUUAACUAAUCAUUUUUAUUGUAUUUUGAUGCCAACAUAUUUUGAGCUCCAUGCAUACUUGAGGAAGUGUUUAGGUACGUGUAGAGGUCGCGUAAUUGUUUAAGGAGGAGGAGGUAUACCAGAAAGUGUAUAUAUUAUUGAACCCUUGCGCGGGGUUAUAUACAUACAUAGUGAGAAACACAGCUAGACCGAUCUUUCUACUGAUCCUACAUACAAAAUAUGGCAGUUACGAUUCGCGCAAUUUGGCCGUUUAUUCUUUUGAACUUGCGUAUGAUUAUGAACUUUUAAAACACAAGCACGAAAUUACCUUUCUCUUUUAAUUAAACAGUAUGAUUUUAUAAAGUAAAAAUUGUGUUUGUGAUUAAAUGUAACUUUAAAGAUACAUGGGAAAUUCUGUUAUUAAAAAGAAAGUACGAUUGAAAAAUCACAAAUGAUAUUUUGAAUCAAAUUAUCAAGAGAGAAAAUGAUUAAUUACCUCUUUCUAUAUUUAUGUGGAAGUUUGAUUUCCACGUCAAAUUCUCGCUAAAGUUGAGCUAUGAUCGGAUAGCUUAUUAAUAACCAGCAUAGUACUUAAAAUCGUAAUAACAUUUUACUUUGCAAUGACAAUACCUUUAUACGUAUACUUCACGCAAUGGCCUUAUAGGACUUUAAAUUUUUAACGAAAGCACAUAUUGAGAGAAAGUCGAAGCUCAUUCUUUAGACGGAUGAUAAUUUCACGUAGACUCUUCGCGAUGAUUUACGAUGAGAUUCUAUUAUUUGACUCGACAUUGUUUGUAUCGGAAGAUCGGUUUGGCAUCAGUUAUCCUUCUGUAUGAACGAAAUAGUAUGCGUGGAACGAUUAUUCAUUGUAUUAUUCUCUAAUUGGCUCAUAACUUUUGAAGUGUGCUCAUUGUAUUGCAGUAUCGGUCUUGUACAAGGACGGACUUGUGAGUGUUACGAGCGAGUUUUAUGCACGGUAAAUUACGGCACGUAUCGCUAUAAAAUUUUCAGAUAAGGUAAUGCACUUACGUACUUUACGUACACGUCAACUAUAUGAAUAGUAUAGUUGAUCGAUAUUUUAUUACAUUUUAAAUGGUACGAUCAGAAAAGGAAGAAACGACAGACCAUCCUAAUUUGUCCAAAUUUAAAAGCGGAAUACAAAACCGUCCCUGUACAUACCCAGUGUCUCCAAGCGUCUUGCGUAGCUUUGAAGUGAUUAGACGAUCAGUAUUAUUUAUCGCGUUGAUUUUUUUUUUAUUUUAACGAGAGAAUCUCUAGUCAACUCUAGUCAAGCACUUUUUUGUACAACUAUAUCUCCUCAACGAUCCAUAAAAUUGAAGAGCAAGGUAUUUUUUAGUACAUACAUAUCGUAUUAGAAGUACAAUUCAUCCUAAAGCGAAAAAAAAAUAACGGUUGAGUACUUGUGUUUCUUGAUCGAUUGGCCCGUUGUUGAAUUUCCUUUUUAACGCAUAACAGCAUCGCACAAUCCUCUGAAGUAAAUUUCUCCGAUACCUCAUUUUUUUCUUCGUUCAACGUAUCACGACCAUUAUAUUGAUUGAUCAAACACGAACAUGUAUCGGUUAAUCUUAUUGAGUAAUUAAUCUUGGUUAGGUAAUUAAUCUUGAUUAACAACAACUAUUUUGUCUUUUGAUACAAUGCCGCGAUUAUAAACACAAACAUAACAAAGAUACACGCAUAAGCGUACACACAUCACACGUACAUACAUACAUAUGUGUACACACACACAAACACACAUACAUACACACAUUUAUAGGACUUCGAUGCGUCGACCUUAAAUCAAUUAAUAGUAUAAGAGAAAUGCGUGUUCAUAUAGGUUCAUAAAGAGAAAUAGCGUGUAAUAACAGCAGCUUCGUUGUGGCAAAUAUCGACGGUGUCAUGACUCUGUUCUGUUGGGCACAAUGAAGACAUAACGUGUAAUUUUUCUGUAUAACGGUAAUUGCUGAUAUGCUGGGAAAAAAACGUUUGAAAGUGUGAAUAUAUCUCAAAGUAAAAGUAAUGUCACUUUAGAGUAACUUAAUCGAAUAAAAGUAUUAUUUGGCGGUAAGGCGACUUAGCUUUGAGUUCAAGAAGAAAAGAAACUAACAAAAUGUACAGACACUGCCAGAAGAAAUAUAAUGCUCUUUCAAUGUAGUGUAUAUCGAUCGAAUCCAUUCAUUCACGAUAAUUUCACAUCCGAGGCUUCGUCAUUUUUUGAAUUUGAAUUUGACAGCCUGUUACGCCUCCGUGUAGGGCAGAUCGGAGUGAAAGUUUGUUUUUUUAUGAAUUGAGAAAGUCGCAUAUUCGCCAUUCAAUUUUCGCCACCUUAUACAACGACUUUAAUUUUUAUGCGAUAGUUGAUAAAUUCCAGCCAAAUUCAAGUGCUACUAGCGACAAAUAACAACUUGAAUUAUAUAACUCGCAUCUCGUUUCACUCAGGAUAAAAUUAGAUCUUGUAAGAAGUCUCUGGUUGCCAUAUUUUAUGCUUUCCAUGGUAUCUUAAGUUCUUUUGUGCGAAUAAAGCGCGACUUGAUUAAUGCUUAAGAAAUGUUAUUUGCUUAAAAAAACGUUUCUAUUUAUAUUCUUUCUUGCGACCUUUGAACAGUGGAAUCUUUUUAUUUCACAUUUCGCACCGUUAAUUCAAAAAUAUUUGAGACAAUCAUAAAAUCCUUUUCAAACGCGACUGGAAAAAAAUAAUUCGAGAAGUGAUUUGUCAUCAAGCAGCAUUAUGGAUAAAGUCGUUAUCACACCUCUACGAUGAGAAAGAGAAUCAAAUCGCCUCUCGUUUGACUUUACUAAUCAUCGCAAUAAUUAUUUGCUUCAACGAAGUUAAUAAAUACUAGCGGUAUGUUUGUGAUACGUAAAGCACUGUUUCCUUAGAGUUUGUAUACAUAAGUUAUCAUUCAGGCAAUAAAUUUCAAUUACAAUUAAUAGGCGCAGAUUUCUUUACAUGCUAAGCUUGAUCGACAGUAACCUAUAGUGAUAGCACGACAAUCCAAGUCUGUACAUGACCCGAUAUCUCCCAAGAUCCAGGCGAAUUGGGAGGAAUCGAGGGAUGACGUGAUCGUGUCCAAUGAAGAUCUCGAAGCAUGUCCCAAAGAGAUCAGCGAUUAAACAUCCGCGGAGCACGGCGAUUUUCGGCGAUUCCUCUCAAUUGCAAACAGGAUGAUUCGACUGGCCUAAUUUUUCAUUCGCCGCACGAUAGAUGUACGUGUCCCCGAUAAGAGCUCUUGGUUCAUUCGGGCAUUUCGAAUGUGUUUUAAUAUUUAUGUGUAGGUGUAUACGGUUUUACCGAUAGCGCGUCAUAUCUGUAUAAUUCGGUUACAUGUGAGUGACAACAAUGUGAUGCUGCCAAUAAUAAUGCUAGUCGACGAGAAACUGUAGCGACACGUUAAUAAUUGUAGGGAUCGUUAGAGAAGAGACGCGAGAUCCGAAUGUCUAUGAGGAAAUUUAAUAGAGGCUGCGGAUAUGAAUGAGUACAGCUGGACAGAUUACCAAGCAUGACGUGGGGAUUAUAUCGGAUAAAGAAAGGAAGGUGGAGAAAUAAGAACAGAGAUAGAGAGCAUCUUGGUGAUUUGUCGCGCUGACAGCGAAUGAUCCGGACAAUAAUAAAUGAUCGAUAAGUCACACGUAACACCUAAGUUAGCGUUUAUCGCGUAUUCUUUGAAAAACGUCAUUUUGUAUAUCUAGGAAUAAAAACAAACGAGUAUAAUUAUAUACACUUGUGUGCGGAAAUGUGUGUGUGUGUGUGACUGUAUGUGUGUUAAUUACUUAACGAGGUAUAUCACGAAAAAAAAGAACUAUUUAGUAGUUAGAAAGCGACUCGCGUGUAAUGUUACUCGAGAAAUGCGUCGUGAGAUCCGUUUUAAGACACGGUUCUCGAUCGGCGGACAGAGCUGAAGAGCAUAGUAGCAUUAUAUUUUGCGUAUGUGCCAUCUAAGGAACAUUGUCACGCAAUCGUCCGAAAUACAAAUGAAAUGAUGAAAAUCGUAGCGCGAUCCAUUGAACAUGCACAAGAGCCCGGUCACGUCCCUCGACGUGAGCGAGACAAGUCACGCACGGGAAAACAACUCCGUUCGUGUAGUUGAACUUUCUGUUAUCUGGGAACCAGAUGGAAAACUCUAUUAUAGAAACAGAAGAUUCCUGUAAGAAGUUUCUACUCAGCCAGUAGUUCUUGGUUACCCUAACCGAGUUUUAACACAGCUGAAUGUUCAGGUGAAUGUCCAAACGAUUUGUUUUCGGCCACAAUAACAGAUAUUAUUUCUCGUUGGUGAGUUUUUCAUCUGGCGCUAAUUUCAGUUACACGAACAGAAUUUUUUUUCAUACAUAACGUAAUGGUAAUUGUAUAUUGUUAAGGUAACAAUUAUUCUCUUAACACGAAAGCGUAACGUUCAUAAGGAUACCGGUAGAUUCUAUGUCGAGCUUGUACUCUCACGUUUAUCUGUACGUUUUGUAAAAGAUCGAUAACUACAUGUGAGAUUUUUUCAUGUUUUUACCGUCGUAUAUCGACUAGCGCUUUAUCUUGAUAUCUACGAAGAUAUCACGAUCAGGGAUUAUGAAGAGGAGUACAACUCACGCGCGCGCUCAACGGGACUGACUUCCCCGUUGGGAUUCGGAAGGAGGCGAAAUGGCACGAUCAAUCGUUGACGCUACCGCGUUCAAUUGCCUUCAACUUGCCGACUAUGUCUUCCAAGCUCUUGCGACGCAUGCAUUGCUCCGUCUGAUCGCUCCUGUCCGGCGCAAAGGGACGAUAGGGGUACACGGGCCCGACAUAGCGAUGGAUCCAGCCGCUUGAAGGGGAAUCACACGAGGAAUCGGAAGAGGAAGAAAAGCACGGUCACAGCGACAGUAAAUAACAGAGUGUAUCGAAUAGUACAUCGAGAUAUAAUUGCGAGAAGAGGAAAAUGAAGAGAAAUCUCACAUGUGUAUUUCAUAUGUAUUUCAGUUAUCGCGAGUUCACACGAUGAAUGACGACUUACCCCUGGUCGCGGGUCGUGUACACGGCGGGCGACGAAGCCUGCGGAAGGACACGCAUACCUCGGAUCGCGCCCAACUGUACUGCUGGUUACCGUGCUGCUGCUGCUGCUGCAUGUUCGUUAAUCCGGACAGCGCCGUCGGGCAGGUCGACGAAAAUUGCGGCUUUAUCGCUGGAAAGUAACGCUGUUGCUGGAACAGGUGUUGCUGCUGACACGUGUAAUUCGAGUAAUACGGAUCAUCAUAUGCUGUUAAGCGAUUCAACGACAAGGAGGAGGAGGAGGAGGAUGCUAGAGAAUUCGUCACCGCGACUGCAACGAAAACGAAAGUGAUCGUGACGUGUUUGUGACGAUUUCACUCGUCUCGUACGACAAUUCGUCGUGUUGCGCAUGAGGUAUCAAUAAAUCAUAUCUAAAACAUUACUUAGAAAAAAAGAAUGUAUAUAGAUGUAUGUAACUGUCACUAUAUAUACGAUAUAAUUUUAAUAAACCUUUAGCUCUCUGAACGCUCAA